AUGCCGUCCGCGACGACAACGCCCUCACAGAUCCCAACAACCCAUCCCGACAUACCGCCCUUCCCAUCGCCCUCGACCUUCUCCAUCCUCCCGGACGUCUAUCUACUGAUCGCACGUCUGAACAUCCUGCAGUCACAACAGGCACCCGGCUCACAGCAAACGCAGUCACAAACACAGACACAAUCCCAAUCCCAAGUGCAGACUCAUCAACCCUCCUCGAGCUCCACCACCGUGAUCGGCGCCUCGCAGUCGCAGCCUAGACAGACCACCUUCUCCGCGACUUCCAACCUCACAGGGGGAACACACACACAGCAACUACCGCCGCCGCCACUACCCUCAACGCAAACCGCGACGAACACGGCGCCUCUCACCUCACGGCACAUCCAGACCACCGGGCCCGCGAUCGACGCGAAAGAGUUGCCGGCGCACAUCUACCCGAUCAAGCAGAAGCUGGUGAAGGCGCGGUCGGCGGUGUCGACGCUGCCGGACCUGGACCGGACUGUGGACGAGCAGGAGGCCGAGAUCCGGCUGCUACUGCGUGAUGUCGCGCUGUUGAAGGCUAGGCUUGCGAAGUUGGGGGGCAUUGCGUGUGGGGGUGUCACUGCGGGCACAGGAGGAGCUGUUGAUGCGUCUAUGCAGGGUGGGGAGGGGUGA